GAAUAAGAAGCCAUAAAAGCGCGCGCAGGCCGAUCCUGCCAGCUAGCGGAUGUUUGAGACUUCAACAAAAUUAACCUAAAACAGUAUAGUGUUUGACGUUGACAUAAAAAAUGACAUCAUCUACUUUGAAAUUAGUAACGCAAUAGAGAAUUUUCCUUGCAUUUACUUCCGCUGUUCAUUAUACUGUAUCCUCGUCAUGUAAUAAAAUGUAUUAAUCUUCGAAUGAUAAAAAAAGUUAUCAGCCCAUUUCUGAAGUUUCUUAUAACUUAAAAAAAUUCUAAAACAAAACGAUAAAACAAAACAAACGAGGGAGAACAAAAAAUGAUUGCACCUGACAUCGGUUCGACGAACGCUGAUCCCGUAAGGGUUCGAGUUUCCAACGAAAAAGCGCCUUUGAUUCACGGUCGUGGAGUUUUCAGGCGUAUAGGAAAUCUCAUUGGAAUUGGUAAAUCCUCUCAUGCUGAAGGUGAUGGCUAUAUCGAGUUCAGCAGCCUUGGAGCAGAUAGUGGGCGGACACUUGGCACUUUUGCUGGUGUUUUUAGCCCUGUUACGCUCUCCAUGUUUAGCGCCUUAAUUUUUAUUCGUAUGGGGUACAUUGUAGGAAAUGCAGGGCUCUUGGUAACGCUUACGCAAUUUGUGAUUGCCUAUGGUAUUCUGGUAUUUACAGUAUCUUCUGUAUGCGCUAUAUCAACUAAUGGAGCAGUCGAAGGUGGAGGAGCUUAUUUUAUGAUAAGUAGAACUCUAGGACCGGAAUUUGGCGGUUCGAUUGGGACGCUUUUUUUCCUGGCGAAUGUCGUGUCGAGUGCGCUCUGCAUAUCCGGUUGCGCCGAAGGAUUGGUUGAAAACUUUGGUCCUUCCGGAUAUCUCGUGGGUAGUACCGCGGUUUUUCCGGACGGCAGAUGGUGGCGAUUUUUAUACUGUUCCGUCCUCAACACAGCAAAUCUCCUCGUUUGUCUUAUCGGCGCUGCAAUGUUCGCAAAAACGAGCGUUGCCAUUUUGGCGAUUGUUUGCAUUUGCCUGGGUAGCGUUUUCAUCAGUUUUUUCGUCAAAGGACCUUUGGACAUCGCAAUACCGGACGCCAAUAAUUUGGUACAAAACGCAACGUACCACGUGAACGGUUCGUACACGGGACUGCUGUCGUCGACUCUCGUUUCAAACUUGUAUCCAAAUUACACCGCCGAUUAUUCGAGCGCCGGUCGAAUGUCCGAUUUCGCGAGCGUUUUUGGUGUUUUAUUCAGCGGUGUCACAGGGAUAAUGGCGGGUGCAAACAUGAGUGGAGAGUUGAAAAAUCCUGGGCGCAAUAUACCACGCGGAACACUUUCCGCUGUACUUUUCACGUUUUUGUGUUACAUCGUUUUAUCGAUUAUGACUGCUGCGACGAGCAGUCGAUUUUUGCUUCAAAACAAUUUUAUCUACAUGAUGCCGACCAACGUUUGGCCACCGUUUGUAGCAGUUGGAAUCCUCACCGCAACUUUUAGUGCGGGACUGAGUAAUCUUAUUGGAUCCAGUAGAGUUCUCGAAGCACUUGCCAAGGACAACAUUUUUGGAUCCGGACUGAAUUUUGUUGUUCAGGGAACAUGGCGAGGCAAUCCCAUUGCCGCUGUCGUCACCUCAUGGGGACUCGUCCAAGUGAUACUUUUUGUCGGCUCUCUUAAUACGAUUGCACAGAUUAACUCUGUUCUGUUUUUAUUGAGUUAUUUAGCGACUAAUCUCGCGUGCCUAGGCCUCGAAUUGGCUAGUGCGCCGAAUUUCAGGCCUACUUUCAAUUAUUUCACAUGGCACACGGCAACUAUAGGGCUUUUGGGAACCCUGAUAAUGAUGUUUAUUAUAAACAGUAUUUACGCCUCGAGCAGUAUUAUACUUUGUCUCAUUCUUAUAAUCGUCUUACAUCUAUUUUCACCCAGUAAAAAUGCAGCCUGGGGAAGCAUUUCGCAAGCUCUUAUAUUCCAUCAGGUCCGGAAAUAUUUAUUGAUGUUGGAUUCUCGCAAGGAUCACGUUAAAUUCUGGCGUCCGCAGAUUUUGCUUAUGGUCCAAUCGCCUCGUUCGGCUUGCCCGUUGAUCGAUUUUGUCAACGAUUUGAAAAAGGGUGGUUUGUACGUAAUCGGGCACGUAAAAAUUGGAGAAUUUACAUCGAGUCAAACCGUUGACCCAACCAUCGAAGAAUAUCCCCACUGGUUGAGUCUCGUCGACCACCUUAAGGUCAAAGCUUUCGUCGAGAUAACUCUGACGAAGACUGUUCGCGAGGGACUUCAACAUUUGAUCAGAAUUUCCGGUAUGGGAGCCAUGAAACCAAACACUAUUAUCCUCGGAUUUUACGAUGAAGAAACGCCUCGAGAUUUCUUCCAGGAGUCGCGUUAUGCGACUUCCAUUUUCGAUAAUAAUUCAACGAUCAAUGGAAACUCGUCAACGUUUCCGAACAGACAAUCCGGAAGGACAAAAACACUCAAUCCUGUAGAAUAUGUUGGAAUGUGUCUCGAUGUUUUGCGCAUGAAGAAAAAUCUAUGCCUCUGUAGAAAUUUCCACGGUCUUGACAAGUCACAAAUAGCCAAGAAUGGAUCGUUUGCUUACAUCGACGUUUGGCCGGUGAAUUUCUUCCAGCCCUCGGACCAAGACCCAUUUGACACAACUUCGUUAUUCAUGCUCCAGCUCGCCUGCAUAAUAAACAUGGUCCCAGUCUGGAAAAAUCUUCAUCUCCGAGUGUUCCACUGCGAGAUUUCAGAGAGCGAUUCUAAUCUCAGUAUCAGCGAGUCUCACAGCUCGAUGAACGAAUAUCCGAGAAUAUCGAACGAGCACAGAAUACGAAAACUUCUUGAUUCUCUAAGAAUUUCAGCUUCCAUAAGGAAAAUAUCAAAUUGGGGAAAGCACGUCGCGGGCCUCAAAGGCAGACCUUUGAUCGUGCCACGAUCCGAUCAAACCUACGAAUCAACUAGCGAUCUCGGCGACAACGAACUCAGCAAUGUUUCACGAUCUUAUAUGAUGAGUGUGAAUCAAUUGAUCAGGGAACAUUCAGAGCAGACUGCCGCAACAUUCGUGUAUCUACCGUCCCCGAUAUUGACACUUGCUAAUACGCGUUGGGAAGACGAUUCGGCGAGUCGACAAUAUUUGCAAUUGUUGACUGAAUUGACUGCUGAUUUACCACCUACCGUAUUGGUUCACGGUGUCAAUGCUGUAACAUCGACAACCUUGUAACCAUAGCCUUGAAUUAGUAAUACAUUUUUUCAACUUCUCUAAACAUUUUUUUGCAUAUAAUGCAGUUGGAGAUAUGAUUGCAACAUACUCGAUAAAACUACGCAUUUUAAAAGAGUAAAAAUUAACUGUGAUAACAAAAAAGUAAUGAAUCAACGCAGGGGAAACAAAGUAUUUAUAUUAAUCAUUGAUCCAGAUUGUUCUCGAUCAUUUAAUCGGAUUCCAGAACGAGAAAACGAAACGAUUUUCGUUUCUCUGUAUCGAAUGUUAAAAAAAAUUUCUAAAAUAUUAAAUAGCGUGGUAAAUUAUACAAUAUCAACGUUGUAAGUUUCGUUCUGUGGAGUACACAAUGUCGCUUAAAAUUUCAAAGGGAAAAUCAUCAAUUCCCGAAUUAUCGAAUAAUUUUUAUACGGCAUUUAAAAUAACAAAAAUCAUCGAGCUCCUCAUGUUUUUAUACUGUGACCAAUGCAUAACUAGGAAUGAACGGAUUUUUAACGCAAUAAUGUAAUAAAUAAAAAAUAUAUAUAUAUAUAUAGAUGUA